AGCUAGAAAAGUGGCCAGCAGCUAGCUGACACUGACAGGCACACUGCACCAGACAGCUAGCCUUUAGCACCAGUUUCAUUCAGCUAACUACUGCAAACAUGCAGGAAUGGGCGAACCAAUUAUGCGAGAAUCGACAAUUUGGAUCGAAGAUGACGGACUCCAAGUACUUCACCACUACCAAGAAAGGGGAGAUCUUUGAGCUCAAGGCAGAGCUAAACAGUGAUAAGAAAGAGAAGAAGAAGGAGGCUGUGAAGAAGGUCAUUGCAUCUAUGACAGUUGGCAAGGAUGUCAGCGCUCUGUUCCCAGAUGUUGUGAACUGCAUGCAGACGGACAACCUGGAGCUGAAAAAGCUGGUAUACCUCUACCUGAUGAACUAUGCCAAGAGUCAGCCAGACAUGGCUAUCAUGGCUGUUAACACUUUUGUAAAGGACUGUGAAGACCCGAACCCUUUAAUCCGGGCGCUUGCUGUUCGUACAAUGGGCUGCAUCCGUGUGGACAAGAUCACUGAGUACCUCUGUGAGCCACUGAGGAAAUGUCUGAAGGACGAAGACCCAUAUGUGAGGAAGACGGCCGCUGUGUGUGUGGCAAAGCUCCAUGAUAUCAACGCCCAGUUGGUGGAGGACCAAGGCUUCCUGGACACCCUUAAGGACCUCAUCUCUGACUCCAACCCCAUGGUUGUAGCAAACGCAGUGGCAGCGUUGUCUGAGAUAGCAGAGUCUCACCCCAACAGUAAUCUACUGGACCUGAACCCUCAGACCAUCAACAAGUUGCUGACAGCUUUAAAUGAGUGUACAGAAUGGGGGCAGAUAUUCAUUCUUGACUGCCUGGCAAAUUACACACCUCGUGAUGACCGCGAGUCCCAAAGCAUCUGUGAGCGUGUGACCCCACGGCUCUCCCAUGCCAACUCUGCAGUGGUGUUGUCAGCAGUUAAAGUUUUAAUGAAGUUCAUGGAGAUGCUGCCCAAGGACUUGGACUACUAUGGCACCCUGCUGAAGAAGCUUGCCCCUCCGCUGGUCACCCUCCUUUCUGCUGAGCCCGAGUUGCAAUAUGUGGCUCUUAGAAACAUCAACCUCAUCGUACAGAGACGCCCAGAGAUUCUGAAACAUGAGAUGAAGGUUUUCUUUGUAAAGUACAAUGACCCAAUCUAUGUCAAACUGGAGAAACUGGACAUCAUGAUUCGCCUAGCAUCUCAAGCCAACAUCGCCCAGGUCUUGGCUGAGCUGAAGGAGUACGCCACUGAGGUGGAUGUGGACUUUGUGCGUAAAGCGGUCAGAGCCAUUGGCCGCUGUGCCAUCAAAGUAGAGCAAUCAGCGGAGCGCUGUGUCAGCACACUGCUAGACCUCAUCCAGACCAAGGUCAACUAUGUGGUGCAGGAGGCCAUUGUGGUCAUCAAGGACAUCUUCCGCAAGUACCCCAACAAGUAUGAGAGUGUGAUUGCCACUCUGUGUGAAAACCUGGACUCCCUGGAUGAGCCGGAGGCACGUGCUGCCAUGAUCUGGAUUGUGGGAGAGUAUGCUGAGCGCAUUGACAACGCUGAUGAGCUGCUGGAGAGCUUUUUGGAGGGUUUCCAUGAUGAAAGCACUCAGGUGCAGCUGCAGCUACUGACGGCAAUUGUCAAGUUGUUCCUGAAAAAGCCCACUGAGACCCAGGAGCUAGUGCAGCAGGUGCUGAGCCUUGCCACACAGGACUCUGAUAACCCAGACCUCCGGGACCGCGGUUACAUCUACUGGCGUCUGCUCUCCACAGACCCUGUGGCUGCUAAGGAGGUAGUUCUGGCUGAGAAGCCCCUGAUCUCUGAGGAGACGGAUCUGAUUGAGCCCACACUGCUGGAGGAGCUCAUCUGCCAUAUUGGUACUCUGGCCUCUGUCUACCACAAGCCUCCCAGUGCCUUUGUUGAGGGCAGCCGCGGUGUUCAGCACAAGAGACUCCCUGGCAGUGCUGGAUCUGGGGAGAGUGUUGAGAGCCCAGACACAAGUUCUGCUGCUGGACUUUCUGAAGCACCCCCUGCUGUUAUCCCAUCUCAGGGAGACCUCCUAGGAGAUCUGCUUAAUCUGGACCUGACACCUCCCGCCACCACCGGACCAACACCACCCCCGUCCUCUGGCAUGCAGUUGGGUGCUAUGGACCUUCUUGGAGGAGGACUGGACAGCCUGCUUGGCGGAGACCUUGGAGGAAGUCCUGCUAUGGGCGCUGCUUUUGGUGCUCCGCCAGCUGUAAUGCCAGCCUCUUUCAAUGCCCCUGUUAGUGGUGGACUGGAUGACCUGUUUGAUCUCGGAGGUGGCGUUGGUAUGACUAUGGGAGCAUACAGCCCCCCUAAAACUAUUUGGCUUCCAGCCAUGAAGGCCAAAGGUCUGGAGAUAUCAGGCACUUUUGCCCGCCGUGCUGGGGUCAUCCAAAUGGAGAUGACCCUCAGUAAUAAAGCUAUGAGUGUCAUGACUGAUUUUGCCAUCCAGUUUAACAGAAACAGCUUUGGUCUGGCUCCAGCUGGUCCACUCCAGGUUCUAACCCCUCUUAACCCAAACCAGAGUAUUGAAGUGGCUCUUCCCCUCAGUACUGUGGGACCUGUCAUGAAGAUGGAGCCUCUCAGCAACCUGCAGGUGGCUGUUAAGAACAACAUUGACGUAUUCUACUUCAGCUGCCAGUACCCCAUCAGCAUGCUGUUUGUAGAGGAUGGGAAGAUGGAGCGACAGGUCUUCCUCGCCACAUGGAAAGACAUUCCUAAUGACAACGAGUCCCAGUUUCAAAUCAAAGACUGCCAUCUCAACUCAGAUGCAGUUUCCAACAAACUGCAGAGUAGCAAUGUCUUCACCAUAGCCAAACGCACAGUGGAGGGUCAGGACAUGCUGUAUCAGUCGAUGAAACUCACUAAUGGCAUCUGGGUGCUGGCUGAGCUCAGGGUGCAGACAGGAAACCCAAACUACACAGUCUCUCUGAAGUGCAGAGCUCCAGAGGUUUCCCAGUGUGUGUUCCAGAGCUACGAGGCAAUACUGAAGAACUGAAAACACCCACACAUGGACCCGGCCGCUGCCCUCACAGAAUCCUGGCACCUUCUCCCUCACCUGACCGAUGAACCAUGUUACAAGCUCACGCAGUGCAAGAGCCGCUUCGUGCUGUGUUGGGCCUGGAGGCUGCACUCUGUAUGUCAUCCAGCAGUUUAAUUAGGGUGGUUAAUAAUGACUUCUGACCCAUUUUGACCCAUGAUAGUUUUUUAUUAUUAUUCUUAAGACUGCAGAAAAGUCUGGUUCACUGUCUUGGCUAUCUUGUCCCCUCUUGUAUGUUCAACACACAUUUCAGUUUCUUCCCUACCUGAGCCAUCAUGUCAUGACCUUCAUUCUUUUGGAGGCAGACAGCUGUAUGACUUGCAUUCCUGUGACUGUUUUCUCUGCUAGAGGCUCUUUAAUCAUUAUCUGGCCCCACUUCUCUGCAAAUUAGUGUCUAUUUUUAGCGUCUCCAAUCAGCAGGUGAAUCAUCACUGUCGGCGCAUUUAUUUGGGGUACUUUCAAAUGCGGCAGAAAAAGGCUUUAACUCUCCUUACCCCUCGUCCGCUUGUGGGAAGUGGAAGGUGGCUGUCUGCGUCUUUUUAGAAGAGACGGAUAAAAAACUACAUUAUUGUUGUCUUUGUCAUUUUGUAGAGUUUUCUUGAGUGUCUGUGGUUAGCAGUGGGAUCAGAUCCUCUGCUGUCUCUGAAAGCAGAAUGUCUGAUGUGUGCGCGUGGAAACUGUUUGUGUGUGUGUUUCUUUUGUUUUGACAGAAUUUCUGGAGUAGCAGCGGUUGUCCACUGCCUGCUCUCUUAUGAAGUCAUUCCAUGGUUUAAUUUGUGUUGUAGUCUUGUUUGGUGUACAUGUGGCACACUGAGAGAGAGCCUCAGGUGUUCAGGAUUUUGUAUUUGCUGCUUCCACCUGCGUCAGUGACGGCCGCCUGGGCUCUCUCUCUCUCUGUGCCACUUUGCUCUCUCUGUAUCCUCAUUGCAGCUUUCAGAGUACCGUGGCCACCUGAGAUGAAGGCUCAGGUGAGAUUACUCUUGUGUUGUCAUGGUUUGUAACACUUCUAAGUAAUAAGUGUACAUGUAGGUAACACACGGUCUUAGCUUACAGAAGGCUAGAACAACAUCCAGUGUCCCUGUUUUACCUGCAGACUCGACUAGUUUAAUUGUUCACCCCCCCCCCCCCCCGAGUUAGUACACUGAAGCCCUUUUUAUCGGCUCUACAGGAUGUUUGCAUCUCCUUUAACACCUUGUAAAGAGAGGUGGCUGUGUAUUCUGAGUGUGUCUUUGUAUGUGGUGACGGCUGAUUCUUGUGAAAUGCUGUAAAACAAACAAAACAAAUCAGAUGUUUAAUCAGAUGAUUUAGAUUAACAUGAUUUUUGUUUGUCGUGUGUGCAUCGUUUGAAAAAGAACUAUUAAAAGUCUUGAUAAAUUCA